AUGUCUGUUCGUGAAUUUUCUUUCUCAGUGUCCGGUCAAUCGGUAGUGUGUCCGGCGGUGCGCACCACCAGCGGGUGGUUGGACCUGUUCCCGUUGCCAUGCAGGAAGAAUUCAGAGUGUCGAGUUAUGGGGAACCAGCAUCUUUGCUGCAAAGGUUUCUGUACGAAAGGAGUCAAGCCCAGUGGUGCCAUUAAACAACAACGAGUGAGCGCGAUCACGAGUAGUGUAGUCGAGCCGAGUAGCAGCACCACACAGAGCACUACCAGCACCACCAGUAGUACUCCGAGCACGACAAGCACGACAAGUACGACCACAACCACAACAACAACUACAACCACUACUACAACUCCGAGUACCACCAGCUCUACAACCACCACUACCACGACGACGACGCCGAAGCCCUCGACGACUACAACCGAGGCUCCUCGACCGUUCUUCCAGCUAUUACCUAUACAGAUACCUCAAGCGACAACCGCGGCCAGUGCGCCACCAAAAACAAGCAAAACGCAGAAACUGGUGUGUCCAAAGUCACAAACACCGGCCAUCCUGUUUCCCAUCCCGUGCGAGAAGAACUCGCAAUGCCGCGCCACGAUCGGAGCCGACCAAGUGUGCUGCGCCGGACGCUGCGUGAAAGGUGUUCCGGCGCCGCGGCCGACCGCGCCACCCAAAACUCACCAACCUUUGUUAGGUGUAAUUCCCCGUGAAUGUCCAUCGACACCGUUGGGGGAACUGUUGUUUGAAGUCCAAACUUGUAAAGAGGACUCGGACUGCUGGCCGCGGAUUUGCUGCCCCGAUGGAACACGGUCAUACUGCCGCACGGCGCGCGCAAGGCUCGAUCUGGUGCCCGUUGCCAAUCAAAUUGAUGGACCGGUGCGGAUGUUCGAGCAGUACUUGCAGUGUACACCUCCUCCAGAAUACGACCUGUUCCCUCAAAAAUGCAGCUCUAGUGUAGACUGUUUCCCGAAUUUGUGUUGUGCUGAAGGUGGCAAGAAGCACUGUCGUCCACCACAGCGCAGCCUUCUAGCCCUACUUGCUGGAGUGGGACAGAGAGUUGGAUCUACGUUAGGCAAUCUCCGAGGAAAUAACAACAACUCAUAAGGGAUAUAAAUUAUGUAGAUAUAGUAUUUUAUACUUUUGUACAGUUUUAUAUAAUAAAUAAUUAUUUAAAAUG